GCGCAUAUAUUUAGCGCAACUUCCUUCAACACUUUCUUUUUCGAGCUCCUGUGAAAGAGAGGUCACUGCAAAAUGAGCAAGGUCUCAAGAGACACUUUGUACGAGGCGGUUCGGGAGGUCAAGUCUGGCUCCAGGUCUAAGAGGAGAAAGUUUCUUGAGACCGUUGAACUGCAGAUCAGCUUGAAGAACUACGAUCCCCAAAAGGACAAGCGUUUCUCAGGCACUGUCAGGCUGAAGACUACCCCACGCCCCAAGUUUUCAGUAUGCAUCCUUGGUGACCAGCAGCAUUGUGAUGAAGCCAAGGUAGCUGAUCUCCCACACAUGGACAUAGAGGCUCUCAAAAAGCUCAACAAGAACAAGAAACUCGUGAAGAAGCUGGCAAAGAAGUAUGAUGCUUUCCUGGCCUCUGAGUCCCUGAUCAAGCAGAUCCCUCGUAUCCUGGGCCCCGGCCUCAACAAAGCAGGGAAGUUUCCCUCUCUGCUCACCCACAAUGAGAACCUGGGCACCAAGGUGGACGAGGUGAAAUCCACCAUCAAAUUCCAGAUGAAGAAGGUUCUGUGUCUGGCUGUGGCUGUUGGUCACGUCAAGAUGACUGAGGAAGAGCUGGUCUACAACAUCCACCUGGCUGUGAAUUUCCUGGUGUCUCUGCUGAAAAAGAACUGGCAGAAUGUCAGAGCGCUCUACAUCAAGAGCACCAUGGGAAAGCCACAGCGCCUCUAUUAGAGACUGUCAGUCGCUUUUCUACAAUAAACGUGGAGUUUAUCCAAAUCACAUCUUGUUUCUUUUUCAAGUCUGUCAUUCAUGACCUGAUAAAUAAAUAUGCUAAAUAUUC